AUGACACAGUUAUUCACCGGGCAUGGGUGCUUCGGUGAGUACCUGUGGCGCAUAGGAAAAACUCGCGACGCGCGUUGCGGCUACUGCGAGGCGAAGGACAUCCCGCAACACACGCUGGAGUUCUGUCCGGCGUGGGAGGUGCAGCUGGGUGUCCUGAUAGAUAAGAUAGGAGGGGACUUGUCGCUGUUCGGCGUGGUGAAAGCCAUGCUGGACAGCGAAGAUAAGUUGUGCGCGGUCUCCUCCUACUGCGAGCAAGUAAUGGUCGCGAAGGAGGAGGCCGAGCCAGUGAAAGAGGGGAUCCGUCCCCUCUCUCGCGGGAUGAGAGCCCUGUGA